GUGGGCACAUUCACCCGAGGCCUGAGACCUGCCCCCUGCUGGAGCCAAGACGUGGACCUGCUCCUGGUGCCCCGAGCCCCUGCUGAGGGGCUCUCCAAGAAGCAGGUGCCAAGAUGUCUGCGGCCACGCCCCUGCUGUUAGCCGCCGUCGCUCUGGGCCUCGUACUGCUGGUGCUGCUCUUCCGGAGCCGCUACUGGAUCUUUGUCGUCUUCUUCUGGACCGAGUUCAUCCUGCAACCCGUCCUAAACCUGUUCAUGGGCAGCUCCAAGGAGCAGCGCAUCCUGGACCACGUGCUGCAGCACGCCACGCGCGGGAACCCGCAGAGCGUGCUGGACACCAUCGACACCUACUGCUGGCAGAAGGAGUGGGCCAUGAACGUGGGCGACAGGAAAGGCCAGAUUGUGGACUCCGUGGUGCAGGAGUGCCGCCCCGCGGUGCUGCUGGAGCUGGGUGCCUACUGCGGCUACUCGGCCGUGCGCAUGGGUCGCCUGCUGCCGCCCGGGGCCCGGCUCAUCACCAUCGAGCUCAACCCCACCUAUGCCACCAUCACGCAGCAGAUGGUGGAGUUCGCCGGCCUGCAGGACAAGGUGACCGUAGUGGUCGGGGCCUCCCAGGACAUCAUACCCCAGCUGAAGAAGAAGUAUGACGUGGACACGCUGGACAUGGUCUUCCUCGACCACUGGAAGGACCGCUACCUGCCCGACACGCAGCUGCUGGAGGAGUGUGGCCUGUUGCGGAAGGGGACGGUGCUGUUGGCAGACAACGUCAUCAUCCCGGGAACACCGGAAUUCCUGGCGUACGUGCGCGGGAACAACCGCUUUGAGUGCACGCACUACUCUUCCUACCUGGAGUACCGGUCGGAGGUGGUGGACGGCCUGGAGAAGGCCGUCUACGUGGGCCCGGGCCAGCCAUGACCGCCUGCCCUGUCCUGGGUCCUCGCACCAGGCCUGCUUCUAAAAGGUGCCACUGCCACAUGCCUGUUGACCCUGUGCUGCGGCCCCAGCGGAUCAGACACCAGCCCCCCCGCCAGGAACAGCGGACCCCCCAUGCAGGAUCACCACAGCAGCCACACGUAGUGAGAAAGGCCACCCGGGAGCCCAGGCAGGCAGGGGGUGCCCGGCCAGUAUACCUCACACGCACCAGCCUUCAGAGAGGGUCUCCACGUGGGCGGGUCUUUGGGCACAACUACCGAUUUGACACGGGAAGGGGUGGGGAAAUUGGAAACCUCUUGGCCUGCUGAGUCCUGUACUCAGGAUGUGGCCCGGCUACUGUCACCAGGUGGCAGCAGUGCCUCGGUGACAGCACUGCCACCAGCUAUAAACGCCGCGCUUCCGAACCCCCAAAUUUUCACCUUCUUUUUAAGAACAAAUCACACAUGUCCUCUAUUAAAACCGGCUAGCUGUUAACGUUCUUAUGUUUGAAACAAUGUAGAAUUAAAGAUCUAAAUAUUUAGAUACUAGAAA